AUGCAGUACAAGGGAAACGGAGAGGAGCAAAAUCGAACAACUGUUGCUGAAUUCAUCCUCUUGGGAUUUGGAGAUCUUCCUAACCUGGAGCUUCUUUUCCUGCUGUUCUUGGUUAUCUACAUGGUGACCAUGUCUGGGAACCUCCUCAUUGUUCUGCUAGUUGUGGUUGAUCGACACCUCCACACCCCCAUGUACUUCUUCCUAGGGAACCUCUCUUUCUUGGAGUCCUGCUACAGCUCAACCAUUUUGCCCAGAAUGCUCACUAGUCUUCUGACAGGGGAACGGAGUGUAUCUGUGGUGGCCUGUUUCGUACAGUUCUAUAUAUUUGCUUGCCUAGGAGGUGCCGAAUGCUACUUCCUAUCUAUUAUGUCUUAUGACAGGUACUUAGCUGUGUGCAAGCCACUGCACUAUUCUGCCCUCAUGAAUGGCAGGCUGUGCCUACUGUUAGCAGCUGUGUCUUGGGUAAGUGGAAUUUUGGUUAGCACCAGCACAACUCUAUCAAUAUCUGCAUUAUCAUUCUGUGGUCCCAAUGAAAUUGAUCAUUACCUCUGUGAUUUAUCCCCAGUCAUAAAAGAGAUCUCCUGCAGUGACACGUAUACAGUAGAAAUGAUGGCAUUCAUUUCUGCCUGUGUGUUCACCCUGCCUCCCUUUCUACUCACACUGGCAUCCUACAUAUUCAUCAUUGUGACAGUUCUCAGAAUCCCAUCCACCACUGGGAGACAAAAGGCCUUCUCCACCUGUUCCUCUCACCUCACUGUGGUUGGCCUGUUUUAUGGAACGCUGAUGCUUGUCUAUAUGCUGCCACGUUCCACAAAUCUCCGAUAUUUGAAAAAAAUCUUCUCUCUCUUCUAUACAGUCCUGACUCCUAUGGUGAAUCCCCUCAUAUAUAGUCUCAGAAACAAGGAAGUGAAGGAAGCCAUGAGAAAAGGCUUUAUGAAGUUCCGUGUGACACUUCAGAGAUCCAGGUUUAAUAAUCAAAAUGAGAAUAAAUAA